AUGAAACUUCCCAAGUCCAUUGGAAACUUGUCUGAUUCUCUACAAGUGCUGUUGAUACACUCCUGCGAGAUUAAUGGUAAAAUACCAUCAGAAAUUGGGAAUUUGUCUAACUUGUAUCACUUAUCUUUCGCUGAAAAUGUCUUAAGUGGAUCAAUUCCAGCAACAAUUAGCAACUUGCAGGCUCUUCAGCUUUUGAAUCUUAUGGGCAAUGAGCUAGAUGGUUUGAUUGUUGAUGAGCUUUGUGACAUUAGAAGGCUUGCAUAUUUAUAUCUGUCCCGAAACCAAUUUUCUGGAGCAAUGCCGUUUUGCUUAGGAAAUCUUAUGUACCUGCAGGAGCUUUAUUUGGACGCCAAUAAAUUGACUGCUGAGGUACCUUCUUCCUUUUGGAAUUUGACAGGUAUAUUGCAAGUAAACCUAUCUUCCAACAUGUUGGUUGGAAAUCUUUCAUUCAAGAUUGGGAACAUAAAAUCUCUCACGCUAUUAGAUUUGUCCAGAAAUCAUCUUUCAGGCACCAUUCCAACAACCAUUGGUAGCUUGCAAAAUUUGCAAAUUUUCUCCUUAACGCAUAACAUAUUGCAAGGAAAGAUUCCGGUAUCACUUGGGAAUUUGCUAAGCUUAGAAAAGCUAGACCUUUCCCAAAAUAAUUUGUCUGGUGAGAUUCCUAAAUCGCUAGAGUCACUUACAUCCCUUAAGUACGUGAAUCUCUCUUAUAAUGAACUACAAGGUGAGAUUCCUAGCGGUGGGGUCUUCAAAGAUUUGUCCGCUGAAUCUUUCAUGAUGAAUAAAGCACUUUGUGGUGAGGCAAAAAUGCAAGUUCCUCCAUGCAGAAAAGAAAAAAGAAAGAGGUCAAAGGCAAAAUUGAUUUUGCUGAUGUACAUCCUACCUGUGGUUUUGUCAACAAUUUUCAUUGGUUUAGGCAUUAUCCUCUUUCAACGCAAACGAAUAAAUUCCAGGCAUACCAUGAAACAAGAUUUAUCAACUUUAGGAACGCCAAUAAGGAUUUCUUAUUUUGAAAUUUUGGAUGCAACCAACAGAUUUGAUAAGAGCAACUUACUGGGAAGUGGAAGUUUUGGUUCUGUAUUCAAAGGAAGGCUUUCAAGUGGAAUAAUGGUUGCUGUCAAAAUAUUCAAUUUUGAUUCUGAAACAUUGUCAAGGAGCUUUGAAGUGGAAUGCGAUGCAAUGCGUAAUGUGCGUCAUCGCAAUUUGGUGAAGAUCAUUAGUAGUUGUUCCAAUGUUGAUUUCAAGUGUUUGAUAAUGGAGUUCAUUCCCAAUGGAAGUCUUGAAAAAUGGUUAUAUUCUCAUAACUAUUGUUUGGAUUUUCUGCAAAGGUUAAAUAUAAUGAUAAAUAUCGCAUCUGCUUUGGAAUAUCUCCAUCAUGGCUUACCAAAACCAAUAGUCCACUGUGAUCUGAAGCCAAGUAACAUUUUGCUGGAUGAUAAAAUGGUUGCUCAUUUGAGUGACUUUGGACUUGCAAAAUUUUUAGAUGAAGGAAAAUCGAGGACACUCACAGAGACAAUACCUACAAUUGGUUAUGUUGCACCAGAAUACGGAUCUCUUGGAAUUGUUUCAACGAAAGUUGAUGUGUAUAGUUUCGGAAUAAUACUAAUAGAAGUGUUCACAAGAAAAAGGCCAACAGAAGAUAUGUUUGUGGAUCGCUUGAGCUUGAAGAGUUGGGUAAGUGAAUCAUUGUCACAUUCAUUAACUCAGGUCAUAGAUUCCAAUUUAAUACAAGGAGAUGAUCCGCGAUAUAUUCCUGAUAUUUUGACAACUACAUCCACUAUCUUUGAAUUGGCCUUGAACUGUUGUGCCGAUGUUUCACGAAAGCGUUGCAGUAUGUCAGAUGUUGUGGCAUCAUUGAACAAGAUCAAGGACAUGUUUAUGCAAAGAUGUCACUUGGAUAAAUAUUGAACCUAUUUGUAAUUUAUUUGUCUUGCUGUCUAUCACUCAUUUUUAUUGACAAUCCCACUUAGAAAUGUUUGGAUGC